UUCAUGGCGCUUCCUCCUCCUGCCCUUUAGUUACAUUGUAUCUCCCUUACUGAAAGGAGCGAGGGAUCUAGGACUCAACUCAAGGAAAAAAUGAAUGAAUAUACGUGAAAAUGGACGUGCCGAGAUGUUGGAUUUAUCAUCCUGGAGUUUCAGAAAGACGUAUUUGAAGAGCGCUUUGAGAUUUAGAUCCUGCGAUGCCAGUUUCAGGGCAGUGUUUCCAUUUCUGAACGGGAUCUUUAGGAGUGUGAUGGCUGCUGGCCUUCCCUUUCUCUAGUUGCUGGAUGUGUUGGAAAGUGCACAGCUUUGGGAUCAUUUUUGGAAUUCCGUACGCAAAUCCAGAGGCAUUUCCACCUUUCUCUAUGGAAUGUACAUAAGUAUUCUCUGGAUAGGGGUUCGCGUGUGGGGGCAAAAUGUGGGUGACUGGGAAGUUGACGUCAAUACGUUGAGGCUACUGUUCUCCUUCUCCCCACACCCUGGCAGUCUGAGGAAUCAGACGUUACUGUGACAAACCUGGGCCGCUGGCACUAAAAUGUCCCUAAGUGGUGGCACUGCAGGCGGGAAAGGUGUGGACUCGAAUGCGGUGGACACUUACGACAGCGGUGAUGAGUGGGAUAUCGGGGUUGGAAAUCUGAUUAUCGACCUUGACGCUGACCUAGAGAAGGACAAACUCGAGAUGUCUGGCACCAAGGACGGAGGGGGAAUGGCAGCUCCACCUAGCGCAGUAGCGGCUCUGCCAGACAAUAUCAAGUUCGUGAGCCCGGUGAGCGCCCCUCAGGGCAAAGAGAGCAAAUCGAAAUCCAAACGCAACAAAAAUUCUAAAGACAAUAGCAGCAAGUCUCCAGCUGCGGAUGGAGCAAAAAAGGACCAUCAGGGACGGACCCAAGGGGAGGUUACUGGUGCGACAGGGAGUUCGGGAGGCGGCAACUCCGCUCCUGGAAAAGGCGCAGAGAAGGGCGCCAAGGCCUCGCGCGGUGUCCCCAACAGCAAAAAGGAGAAGGAAGUAUCGAGCGGGAAAAACAAGAAAGAAAAAAGCGAAAGCGGACCAGUUGCGGUCGUGGCAAUUGAAAAGGAGAUAGUAGCAAACGCUCAAGCAUUUGGAAGCACGCGCAACACGCCCUUUGACAGUACUCAAAAUGCAGACAUGGCUCUGACAGAGCAACUUGGGAAUAACGCUCUGGAAACUGUUGGAAUUGUCUCUCCGUUAGCUAUUAAAUCGGAGCCGGAGGAGCUUGACGGUGAAUGCAGAGCUUUGAAGAAGGUGAAGAAUGAAAAGAUGGAGUCUCCGGUCUCCACUCCGGCCCCUCCACCGCUUCACCUCCUCGCCUCUAUGGGAAACAGUGACAUCGCCUCACCUUGCGAGCAGCUUAUGGUGCGAACUCGCUCGGUGGCUGUCAACACAUCAGAUGUGGCCCUGUCCACUGAGCCGGAGUGCCUGGGACCCUGUGAGCCGGGCACCAGCGUCAACCUGGAGGGCAUUGUGUGGCAAGAAACUGAGGAUGGUAUGCUGGUGGUCAAUGUUACUUGGCGGAACAAAACUUAUGUCGGAACACUUUUGGAUUGUACCCGUCAUGACUGGGCUCCUCCAAGGUUCUGCGAGUCACCCACAAGUGACCUUGAAAUGAGAAACGGACGAGGCCGUGGUAAAAGAAUGCGACCCAAUAGUAACACCCCAGUCAAUGAGAACAGCAACUCAUCUGAUAAUAAGGGCAGCAACAACAGCAAGACCAGAGCAAGUUCCAACAGCAAGGGUCGGCGCGGAAGCCAAAACUCCUCUGAGCGCAGGACUCCACCCAAUAGCAACACAGAGGACAUAAAAGCCAGUCCCUCCUCAGCCAGUAAGCGUAAGAACAAGCCUGCAUCAGACAUGGAGCCCAACUCUAGUUCUGAGGAUUCUAAAGGCAACAAGCGUAUGCGUACAAAUUCAAACGGUGGAAUGACCUCCUCUGCACUCCCAAUUCCCAUCAUCAAAACUGAGUCCCUUCCUCCUCCGUUAGACCGAACCUGUCCCUCACCUGUACUGAUUGACUGCCCGCAUCCCAAUUGCAACAAGAAGUACAAGCACAUCAAUGGCCUGAAGUACCAUCAGGCUCGUGCUCAUAACGAUGACGAUAUUAAGUUGGACAUGGAUGGGGACAGCGAAUAUGGGGAAGAGUCCUCUCUCCACCCAGAGCCAGGAAAUUGCAACGGAGCUUCGAUUACACAGAAAGGCUCUCUCUCCCCAGCACGCUCUGUCACACCUAAAGGAAGAGGCUUUGAUGCUCAGAGUCCAUCUCCUUCUCCUGGAAAGUUUGGCUCCAAGUCAAAGAAAAAGAAUGGGGAUGGUGAAGCAGACGUUUGUGGCACACCUAUGGAGGGUUGUGAGGACGGGCCUUGCGUCACUGCUGAUGAGGCUAGCAAUGAUGGCAUGGAGGACAGGAAGUCCAAAAAGCCAAGCAGCAAUGUCAAGUCUGACAAGCUGUCCCAGAAGAAUAUGAAGUCUUCCAGACCCAUGCCUCCAUCCCUCCCUUCUCAGCAGAUGUACUCUUUGCAGCCAACGUCAUUUAGUGGUGGGAGCCCCAACCAUCCUCCAGGGAUGGCCAACAUGUUGCAAGGCAUCCCCAAGAGUCCCCAGCUAAAAGGCAUUCAGUCCAAAUUGGGUGUAACUGGGGACUCGUCGCCAAUUAAUCCAGCCUUGAGCAGCUCUAAGGACAAAAAGAAAAAGGACAAGAAAAAGAAAGAUUUGGGCAAGGAUGCAGACAGUCCCAAACUCCCAGGAAAGAGCGGGAAAACUGAAGAGGGGAAAAGCCCUUACUCUGAGUCCUCUGACCCAGGAAGCAGGAGUGAGGGUCAUCUCAAUGGCUCCACAGACCCUCAUCAAAGCCGCCUUGCUAGCAUGAAGGCAGAGGCGGACAAGAUAUACAGCUUCACGGAUAAUGCUCCCAGUCCAUCCAUUGGAGUGGCCAGUCGUGUCGAUAGCAGCGGACAGCCUCUCACUCCCCUUCAUGCCGUCACCCAGAAUGGUGCUGAUAGCUCCUCGGUAAAGACAAACAGUCCUGCGUACUCUGACAUAUCUGAUGCCGGAGAGGAUGGCGAAGGCAAAAUGGAAGGGGUCAAAGGUAAAACGGAAGAUCAGUCAGGCAGGGACGGUGCGAAGAAGGCACUAUUUCCCUCUCAGGCAUCCUCUAAGGAAUCUGCGUAUUAUGCUAACUAUGACAACUACUACUCUCCCAGUUACACCCACUCUAGCCCCGGUGGUGCCACUGCUGGUGGGCCUCUGCCGGACGGGCAAGCUGUGAAACUGAAGAAGGAAGAUGAGCAAGAAUCGCCAGAGGAGAAGACCAAGGUGGACGUGCAGGAUGAGCGCAAAGCUGAGGUCGCUUCAAGUCAGCCGCACCAGCAGCAAGCCUCUGUCAUUCAGCAGCGCUCUAAUAUGUACAUGCAGCCACUCUACUACAACCAAUACUACGUCCCCCCGUACGGAUACCCAGAUCAGGUUUAUCACAACCACCUCAUGAACACUAAUCCAACCUACAGGCAGCAGUAUGAGGAACGGCAAAGACUCAUGUCUGAGCAGCACAGGUCUGCUGAGAAAAAGCCUGAUUCAGGUGUAAAGGACAGGGAGGCCUCUCUGAAGGAGGACUGGAAACAGAAGGGCCCUGUUCCUCCAGGCCUAACAAAAGCCCCCAGCCUUUCAGACCUGGGAAAGCCACAGGCCCCUGGCAAGCAGAGAGACACUUCCUCCGAACCUGCCAAGUCAGUCAUCAUCCCUAAAGGGGAGGAGGCCAAGCUGCAGCCACAGCAGGCUGAGGGGCUUAAAAUGAAGCUCAGUGAAGCUGGCCAUCAUGGAAAGGAUGACUCAAAGGCAAGUGUGGAGUCUGCCAGGCUGGGUAUGGAGCAAGCCAUGUGGUACAGACAGUACCCUGACAGUCAGAGGCCGCCGGAUGAGGACCGAGAUCGGGAGCGGGACAGAAAAGGCAAAGAUGAGAGGCCUAGGCCGAAAGACAGCAGCUCCAAAGAAGAUAGUAAAGAUGGAAUUGAUGGUUCAUGUCCUCCCAGCGCUGAGGACCAGCGAAGCGGAGGGAAAGAUUCCCGGCCCAACACUCACAUACCUUUCAGCUCCCCUUUAGCACAGCACCAACCCUACCUGCAUUACAUGCAUGGAUAUCCUUUUGGGCAAAGCUACGAUCCCAGCCAUCCUGGAUACAGAGGCAUGUCCUCCGUCAUGAUGCAGAAUUACCCAGGGUCCUAUCUGCCAGCGGGAUACCCUUUCUCCCCUUACGGCAGUAAAAUGGGCGGUGGAGAGGAGGGAGAGAAAUCUCGCUCCAGCCCCACAGUCAGCAGCAAGUCGGCUUCAGAGUCCAAAGCCUUGGACAUACUACACCAACACGCCAACCAGUACAAGAGCAAAUCGCCCACUGUUGCCGACAAGCCCUCCCAUGAAAGGGACAGAGGAGCAGAACGAGAACGGGAAAGAGAGAGGGAUCGAGAGAGGGAGAGAGACAUAGAUCGACCACGUUCAUCUCCUUCCCAACGCAUCAUGCCACCCCAUCACCACCUAGGCUAUCCCCUUGUAGCCGGGCAGUACGAUCUGUCUUAUGCCACAGGCCUUUCAUCGUCAGCAAUUGUUGCAAGUCAGCAAGCCUCAGCCCCUUCCCUGUACCCACCAGCACGGAGGUGAGAAUGGGAAACCUGAUUGUCUCGCCCUUCUUUACAAAUAAUCAUGUGACUGGAUCACAUGGGGAAGUAUAUGGAGUUCAUUUAGACAUCAGUUGAAUGGUGUUUCUAUAUUUUUAGUUUUUCUGCCGGAAUGUGUGGCAGAUUGAUGUUUUCCUAGUAUCUGUACCUCGUACCCCACUACAGACUGUGAGACCAGGUUCAAAGCCAUCCUGCCCUGCUCAAAGCCCAGCUGGCCGCUGAACUAUGCCUGUGAACUGGUGAGAAAUGACCGAAAAGCAAGGACUGUCGUUCCGCUCACCCUGCAGGCCGUGGCCAGACGAGAGGCGAGGACUCGAGGGGACAUAAGAACACAAAGACUGAAAAUAGUUUUAUCACACUGAGAUAACUAAAAUUGUUUCCCUUUUUUAUUUUAGUUGGCAUCCUCACUGAAAAAAAAGAUCAGUUUGACCCACGGUUUUUGAAUGGAUGUUCUCUAGAUACCACCAGUGAAAGCUGCAGAUAUUAUCUAGCGUUGUCUCAUAACUCUGUCUUUCCGAAAGUGGUUUCGGCUCUCAUCGCCACAUGCCUCAAGACUGCUUUUUUUUCCUCACGAUUUUUCUUUUCUGUCAUCAGCAUGGUUCCGUGUAACGAGAAUGACAUCUUUGAUGUUUUAUUUUGUCGUUACUUUAUUGUUCAUGCUGUUUUUAGACAUGUUCAGCAGUACCAUCCAGCCUCUCGUGGACUAGCAAAUCCAGGAAAGCGUUUUAACAAGCAUGACUGCCCUCACACAGCUGCUUUCAGCGCGAGACAUUUCACUUCCAGGUUCAUUUGCGAUAUAUAAUUUCAGCGAGCACUGUUCCGUCUUUCAUUAGAACAUCACUGGUGAGGUCCGUUUACUCCAGGGAAUUCUCUUCAGUUCCACUUGGUUAUCCUUCAACUUGAAUCCGAAUAUCCUCGUUCCUACCUUGGCUACCUUACCUCAUCGCGAACAGAAUUUCCGAUUUAUGGUUCUUAAAAUGGAUGUUUGUUAAUGUACAAGGUAUAGUAAGUUCUUUUAGAGAGAGACGCUUACGUGGUGGUAUGGGGUGCGUGACACCAGAGGCCCAGUAGUUUCGUUCCAAUUGUUCUGAAGUUCUUGCAUGGGGCCGCUCUCUAUCCCUGAACACUUGUUGUCGAAGUGUUGUGGUAACUCCAGCGUGUUUUCUGAAAACCAAGUGAGCGCUUGACCCAAACAUGCUUUCAUAGCCCAUCAUGCUCUGUGUAUUUCAUGUGUCGUCCAGCAUGGUGUACUAUAGCACUAGAAAUGUGAUUUCAAACGGUGUCUCCUCAGGCCAAGCAAACUUUGGUUUUGCACCAAACGCUGUCGAUAUUCUUGGUUGCGCACACUAUGUGAUGUCUGUAUAUGAUGUACAGAGGAGCUGUUUUAAAUGCAAUCAAGAAACCAUCUGAUUACUUUUUGUUUUAAAAAUCUCUCGCUAGGGUGUGUUUUUCUUUUCCUCUUUGGUGUUGUCCUCUGCUUUAUCUUCCAUGGCUUGCUCUCACGAUGCUUGCUGGUUUUUUAACAUUCACUAGGUCCAUGAAACUCUUAAAUGAGUCUUGGGAGUCUCUCAAUCCAGAAACGAAACUAGACGCAGCUCUCGGUGGAUCUCAGGCAGUUUCCUGGUCAUUUGCUGCUGAAAAUUCUGAUUCUGAAUCAUUUUCACACAAUUCGAGCAGGUAGAUUUUAACAGGCUCUAUUGGAAUGAAAGACAAAAGACGGGUUCGGUUGACUCGGUUGCACUCCCUCUCAUGUGUAAAGUCACGUCAACAACAGUAAAGCACCAUGGUACACUCAAUACUGAGAGAAAUGGGCUUUACGUUCCACAUCCAAUAUAUUCAUCAGUAUGCCAUUUGAUAUUAGGUACAUUGGGAUGUUGGGAGCCAUACAGAACAACUUUCUGAAUUUUCAACAGUUCAAACCUGGCAAUUUUGGAAUUUUUUUUAUCGUAUUUUUCUCAUUUAAGAAAGAUUCUCAGUACGGAUCAUGAAAAUUGUCAUGUGCAUUUUGUGCUAGUUUCAAAUGGUGCUCAGUUGACAUGCUUUGAUUUGUUGGAAAGAGGAUGCAGUGCACUAUUGCAUGCUUUGCAUCAUUUACACGAUGAACUACCACCUCUUUCCUGUUGCGCUUCAUCCCAAGUGUUUCCCAAAAGACAAUUUAUCACCAAGUAUCAGGCCCCGGUACUUAAAGAAUGUUUACAUUUUUUUUUUUUUUAAUGGCUUUGUUUGGAUUUUUUUUUUUUUCUGUAUCACCCAAUUCCUCCUGUUCUUUCUUGGACUGUUUCUCUUAUGUAAAGUGUACAUUACCAUGUUUCUUUUUUUUAUACAAUACUGUAACUUGCCUUUGUACAUUUAGGCAAAAAAAAAAUAAAU